AAAGGAGUCCAGAUUUGCGUGAUUGAAAAGAGAUAGAUGUCUUCGAGUAAAAUUUGACAGAAUGAGACUUAAAGAACUAGAGGGAUAUCUUCAACAGGUUGAUGUCUUCGAAAAUCCAAAGGUUGAUCUUGAACAGUACCCCACAACACCACACAUUGCGGCCCACAUGUUGUACACAAUCGACAAUACUUUUGGUGACAUCGAAGGCAAGCUUGUGGGUGAUUUAGGCUGUGGUUGCGGAGUUUUAAGCAUCGGUUCUUGUCUGCUUGGCAGUGCUAUGACUUUUGGUUUCGAUGUAGACAGCGAUGCUUUGGAAAUUGCCUCAAAAAACUGCGUUGAAUUUGAGCUUCAAACAUGCGAGUUGAUUCAGUGUGAUGUACAAGAAUUUUCACCGUGUGACAGAUGGAGUAAAGCGUUUGACACGAUUAUAAUGAAUCCACCGUUUGGCACAAAGAACAAUAAAGGUAACCUUGGGGAAAAGGGUUUUUUUUUAGGGUCGUCUUCUAGGGAUAAGACAACAGAAUAAUGGUCAUGGACGGGUGUUGGAUUUCAGGUUGGGGUGGUGGGGAGGGGGGCCCAACAUUCCUGAGGUCAAGCUCUCUAUUUUCUACCCUGGGUACCAGAGGUUUUGCUCGCGUGCAGCGGGAAUUUUCGCUGUUGGCGUUUUCUCACAAUAUUCGAAAAAACUUUGGGAGAGCUUAAUCACAUGCUCAAUGAAGGGCUGAAGUCAGCCAACUCCCCUUAGUUUAACUUGAGGAUGUUCAAUUUAAUUUGAUUAAAAUUAAAUGGUGAAGACCAGCCAUACAUGGUUUAAAUGUUGCAAUAAAUAGCAAAGUGACUGUCAUGAGACAAACGAUAAACAAGGCCAUGAUAUUAAUUCUUUGUGAGAAAGUCAUGUUUAAGACUUUUAGUGUCUUUUUCUCUAGGGAUUGAUCUGAAUUUCUUACAAAAAGCAAUCAGUAUGACCAGAACAGCUGUGUAUUCUCUUCACAAGACAGCAACAAGAGAAUACAUCAAGAAGAAAGCAUCAGAAUGGGGAGUGAAUAUGGAAGUAUUAGCUGAACUGAGAUUUAAUUUGGCAGCAAGCUACAAGUUUCAUCGCAAAAAGACUGUUGACAUUGAGGUAGACUUCAUAAGGAUAGAUUGUUCAGGUUGCUAGUGAUGAAAUAAAUAAAAACAUCAAGUCAAUAUUAAGUUCUUUUAAAGGGACUGGAUCCAGG